UACUACUAUACCGAUGGCCGAUCUCUACCGCCAUCGCCAGUGAGAAUCAAAGCGCGUUGAGGAGAGAACGUGUCUUUAUAAAUAACUGGAACGCGCGCUUUACACUACACGAAUUUUUUAAAAACAAAAUCAAACAAAACUGGCCUAAAAUAAAUUAUGCUAAAUUUUCCUAUAUAAACAUUUACAACUGCGGCUACGUUUCUUUGGACUUGUGUAAGGAUUAAAGAGAUUGUUUUAUUUGAGAGUUAAUUUAAUAAUGUUUUGAAUUUAAUUCAUUUUAAUUUUUGGAAGAUUUUCCUAAAACUUCUACAAUGAUGAUGGCUAGUGCUAAAAUGAUUAGAAACUGUAGCUCGGACCUAAGUUCCGAUGUACGGUCCCUUUCGGUGGCAUCAUCUACUGAAGAACAGGAGUCCACCACCACUGAUACCGAAUAUUCUGAAGAAGAGAAAGAAUAUGAACUAGAUGAUCUGCAAAUUUUGAAGACCAUCGGGACUGGAACAUUUGGUCGCGUAUGCCUCUGUCGAGAUAAAGCUGCAGAUGAAUAUCUAGCUAUGAAAAUUCUAUCCAUGGCUGAUGUUAUCCGUUUGAAGCAAGUUGAUCACGUCAUGAAUGAGAAAAGUAUUUUGGCUGAAAUCAAUCAUCCUUUUAUAGUUAAUUUGCGGUGGUGGACGCACGAUGAUUCGUGUAUCUAUAUGCUUUUCGACUACGUGUGCGGGGGGGAACUAUUCUCCUAUUUGAGAAACGCAGGCCGGUUCAGCAAUAGUAUUGGUAAUUUCUACGCAGCGGAAAUCGUUUCAGCGCUGGAAUACCUCCACGCUCGGAAUAUUGUGUACAGAGACUUAAAACCAGAGAAUCUUUUACUUGCAAAAGACGGUCACUUGAAGAUCACUGACUUCGGUUUUGCGAAAAAAUUAACAGAUCGUACGUGGACACUUUGCGGUACGCCAGAGUAUCUCGCGCCUGAGAUUAUUCAGAGUAAAGGCCACAACAAAGCCGUCGAUUGGUGGGCUUUAGGUGUACUCGUUUACGAAAUGCUUGUCGGCUACCCUCCGUUUUAUGACGACAAUCCUUUUGGAAUUUACGAGAAAAUUCUAAAUGGUCGCGUAGAUUGGCCGCGGCACCUUGAUCCGGUAGCUAAAGAUAUAAUCAAGAAACUGCUGGUCCAGGAUAGGACCAAGCGACUCGGCAAUAUGAAGUGUGGUGCGGAAGACGUAAAGAGGCACAGAUGGUUCAAACACAUCGACUGGGCUGAUGUUUAUAUGAAGAAAUUACAGCCUCCGAUUGUGCCCUCUGUUUCGUACGAAGGGGACACAUCAAAUUUCGAUGACUACCCAGAGACAGAUUGGAAAGCUGUGCGGUCACUCGAUCCUGAUGAACUUAAAUUGUUCGCUAACUUUUGAUGUAAACUAGAAUAAGGCUUAGAAUUUAAAUAAAUAACGGAAUAGUUAA